GUCUCCAACACUUGCUUCUUCAACUCCACAAAAUGCAGAACACUGCCUUAGUUCUGUCUCUCUCAACCCCAUUUCUGAAACCUCCAAACCCAACCAAACACUCUAAAUUCACUCGCCUUUCACUCUCAUCGUCUCCCACACCACUCGGCCUCACUUUCAUUCAUGGACUCCCACCAAAAAGUUUUCUUUAUGCAUUUUCUUCGCCACGCUUUAACACGCCAAUAUUUGGUUCCCUUUCUAUUUCGAGCCAAAGAAACAACAAGUUCAAGCUCAGGGCUGCUUCGUCGCCGGAGAAUGCCGACGAUACCGUGAAACCGAGCGGCGUGAUUAAGACUUUGCAGCUGGGCGCCAUGUUUGGGAUUUGGUAUAUUUUGAAUAUCUGCUUCAACAUCUACAACAAACAGGUUCUAAAAGUCUAUCCAUUUCCUGCGACGGUUACAGCAUUUCAAGUAGGCAUUGGGACUUUGAUGAUUAUUUUGAUGUGGGCAUCCAAUUUUGUUACCAGGCCAAAGAUUACUUCUUCGCAGCUUGCAGUAAUUUUACCACUGGCUGUGGCGCACACAAUGGGGAACCUCUUGACCAACAUUAGUCUUGGGAAAGUUGCUGUUUCGUUCACUCACACAAUCAAAGCUAUGGAACCCUUUUUCACGGUUGUACUCUCUGCCUUGUUUCUUGGCGAGAGGCCCACUCUCUGGGUAGUUUCCUCCCUUUUACCAAUUGUGGGUGGAGUGGCAUUGGCAUCUUUCACUGAGGCCUCUUUCAAUUGGACCGGUUUUUCUAGUGCAAUGGCUUCGAAUCUGACAAACCAAUCGCGUAAUGUAUUCAGCAAAAAGUUAAUGGCUAAGGAAGAGGAAACUUUGGACAAUGUCAAUCUCUUCUCAGUAAUAACCAUUAUUUCUUUUAUCCUGUUGGUUCCUGCGGCUAUUUUCUUGGAAGGCGUUAAGUUUAGUCCUUCAUACCUUCAAUCUGCUGCAAAUCAGGGUUUAAAUGUUAGAGAACUAUGUGUGAGAUCACUUAUGGCUGGAUUCUGCUUCCAUAGUUACCAGCAGGUAUCCUAUAUGAUAUUAGGGAAGAUAUCACCUGUCACCCACGCGGUUGGAAAUUGCGUGAAGCGCGUGGUGCUCAUAGUCUCCUCAGUUAUCUUCUUCCAAACCCCUGUCUCUCCUAUUAACUCCCUUGGAACUGCUGUGGCUCUUGCUGGAGUCUUCUUGUAUUCAAGAGCAAAGCGGAUAAAGCCAAAGCCGAAGGCUGCUUGAUUUUUACUGUAAAUAAA